AUUGUAUACGUUACUUCGGAACGUCCGAGAAGUUAUUAGUAGAAGUUGCUCUUGUGUGGAUACAUUUAGACCGUAAAUAGUCGUGUUUCCUUUAAUUCAGAUACGCGCGUAUGUUUAUUUUACUUCGCAGGAAACAUAAAAUUACGUCAUGGCAACGUACAAUUAGCGUCUAACGACAGUCCGUUGUUGUAGCAAAGCCUUUCGGGAGCGGUGAGACGCCAUCUAAAGUUGUUGCCAGAGAGCAAAAAUUGUGACAUAAUGGCGCAACUUUUAGCGAUAGACGGCAGCAGAGUGGCGUUCUUUAUGAUUUAAAUCAAUAAGUGUAUUUGUGAUUGUACUAAGUGUUUCAUCGAACUCUGUUUUCUGUGUUGUAUUUUCGGUGAAGUUUUCUCUAAACGGAAAGGCAAUAUUGUAGCAUCUCCAGAAGAGGGUAGUGGGACAUUUCCCAACCGACUCGAUUGGCGUAAACAAAACGAAUAUACCAGUCAUCUUUGUGAACAUUAAAAUGAGUGCCCCUGCUGUGAAACAGUCACUCCCAGCUUCUGGAACUGCAACUAAAGUUGGCCCAGGUGCACCUGCUUCUGGGGCUGCAAAUAACUCUCAGUCAGCAGGUGUGCCAAAACUGUCAGCUGUGAGCCCAGCUAAGCCACCAGCAUCAGGAAAUGCUAAUCACAAUGUAUCAAAUAUGCCUCUUAGUUUAGUUCAGGAACACAAAAAUGGAAGCGGUCAGAACCAGACCGUGUCUGGGCCACAAAGAGGAUCUGACAAGAACAGAGAUCUUGCACCUUCAAGUGCUCUGAAACCUACAUCAAAUGGUGUGGAAGGAUCGCCAACUAAGCCCCAACACAGUUUAACAAAUUCAGGAAAUGAUAAGAAGUCAGAUGAAUCACAAGCAGUUGCAAAUCAUUCAGCUGAUUCAAGUGUCACAUUACCUACAUCCCAGACAACACAACAAUCAGUUCUGCCAACACAGCAGGGAACACAGUUACAGUCUCAGUUGCAGUUACAACAAUUGCAGAUGCAGCAGCUGUUACCACAGCAACAGAUGAUGUCACAACAGCAAAUUGUACCCCAACAGCAACAGUCACUGAUGCAACAGCAGAUGUUGCCACAGCAACAACAGCAGCAACAAUCACAGUUUAUGACACAACAUGGGAUGCCAAGACCAUCCCAACAAAUACUACCACAACAGCAAAUGAUCGCACAACAACAUAUGAUUGCACAGCAGAAGCAACAGAUGCUAGGGCAACAGGGAAUCGGUCAACUCGUAAUACCCCAACAACAAAUGCAGACACAACAGAUGAUACAAGCACAGCAACACCUGCAAGCCCAACAGCAUCUACAAGCACAGCAGCAACAGAUGCAAGCACAGCAACUACAACAGCUGCAGGCUCAACAGCACAUGCAAGCUCAGCAUGUUCCAGGGCAGCAACAGAUACAGAAUCAAGCACACAUGCAAGUGCAGCAACAGCAGCAUCUCCAACCUCCACAUAUUCAGACACAGCAGCAGAUGCAACAUAUGCAACCACAGCAGCAAGCACAACCUCAGUUACAAGUGACACCACAAUCUGUACAGCAGCAGGUUCAGCCAUCUCAGCAACAAAAUUCAACAAUAUCACCUUCAGUGCAACAAGCCCAAGCACAACACGGGAAAGGGCAACAGCAGUUGCAAGAGCAGCAGCCACAACAACAGAACCAAGGAGAGAAACAGCCAUCUACGGUGCAGGAUAACCAGGAAACGCAGACACAACCAAACUCUGGGCCGGAGGGCCAAGAAGUGUCGACUGCUGUUACGUUGACGACAGCUGUCGCCAGCAGUGUACCAGAAAAUGAAACAGAAGAGCAGAAUCAGGGGGAAAAAGAACAAAAUUCCCAAGCAGAAACAAGUGGAAAGGAGCAGACCCCUAAAGAUGAAAAUGUAAUGUCAGAGAACACAGAAACACCUUCAAGUACAACAGGUUCUGAUGCUAAGAAAGAAGAGACAGAGACUGCAAAACCAGAUGCAUCAAGUGCUGUUACAGAAGUGGCACAAAUUGCUGAGACAGAAGAUAACGUUGUUGGGGGUUCUGGAGCUGAUUCAAAUGGUGAUAUGCCCAGUGCUGGUCCGUCAACCUCUGAUAAUCAGAUAGCAGGGCCCUCUUCAAGAAGUGAUUCAUCAAAAUCUCGGGCUGAUGGUCCAAAAUCUGAAUUUAAAGUUGCGACGCCUCCAAGAAGCAGCAAAAGAAAACGUGAGACAAAGCCCAAUGAGGCAGGUAAAUCUGAUGCAAAAGACACCGGUGAGGAGCGCAAGUCAAAACGUGUUCGUACCAGGACACAACCUUACCAGGCUCCAUUACCAGAACUGCAGUACAUUUCCAAACUAAAGACAUUGAUGAAGUCACCAGAUGACAGACUCAUAGUCUUUUACAAGAAUGAGUUUUUAGCUGUACGAAAUACAGAAGGAGGUUUUUUUGUGUGCCAAACUCUCCAAAACAUUUAUAGAAGCAGUCCUCGUAUUCGUAUACGUUGGUUGUCAGAACAAGAGCCAAAGGAAAAAGACUCCAAUGUGUAUAUUCCUGACUUCUAUGAUGCUACAGAUUUUGACUGUAUACUUACUAAUUUGGAUUUGAAGAAAGUGGACAAAAAUAAAUAUGAGCUUCCCAAUGGAGAGAGGUCACGUACUGAAAACAUAUUGACACGUGCACUACAAUUUGAGAAGGGAGUGGAGAAGCCUUCUGUGACUGAAGAACAUCCUGAUGGUCUUGAUUUAUCAUUAUAUAAAGAUGAAGCUCAGUUAAAGAAAAAGAGGAAUUCGAAGAAGCGAGUGUCAAAGAAAAGAACUUCUGCUGGGACUGAAGGAGGACCAAGCACAUCAGCUGCUGAUGCUGAUAGUGGUGAACCUCCAGCUAAGACAGCUCGUAAGUCAAAAUCCACCAAGAAAACUGGGAAAGCAAAACCUCCUUCAAAGGAAAAACCUAAGGCUAAGGACAAGGAGGGAUCAAAGAAACCAGAGCGUGAUAAUGCACGUGAGAAGCGAAAUAGUGCUAAAAAGAAAACUGAGAAAAGUGAAUCGAGCAACAAAUCUAAAAAGAGCUCGUCUACAGCUACAAAAGUGACUACAGAAAAAAAGAACAUCAAAACUACACCAACUAAAAAAACAGAUUCAUCUGAAACCUCUAUUCCAACAAGGUCUGCAAAAACCAGAAGUGUUAAAGCUGGAGCUGCCCCUUCAAAGACUUCACCCAUUACUAGGACAAAGGAGCGUGAACGCAGGGGGGUUAAUGCUAAGGAGAGAAAGAAACCAGGCAAGAAGGCCUAAGACAGUGAGUGAGUGAUGUAUCGUUAUCAAAUUAACAACUCUUAAGGGUGGAUAUAUGUGGCAGGGAGAAACAUAUCUUUCUGUCUAAGUGUUUUUAUCAGCCCACAACUAUAUGGACCUGUUGAUAGUAACAAGUGAAUAUUUUAUACCUGACAUAAAGUGUUUUAUUGCACCCAACAAAUCUUUUACUUUUUAAUGGAGUCUAUUACUUUUGUUCUAAAUCAGAUAUUAUAAUGAUUUAUGGCUGUUGUAAUGGUUAUUGGCAGAAAGAGAACUGGAUGGACAUGGAACAGGGUACAAGAUGAUUUGGAAGUCUUGUAAAAUGCAAAUUUGAUUGUGGUACUUUGUACCGUUAAGUUGGGAUAGAAUGUGUAUCACAUGAUGUGUUCUGCAUCCCAGAUUAUUGUGAUGUUUCUUAUUGGAUCUGAAAAGUGAAUUGCUGCUGUUGGCAUCUUGGAGAUAAAUAUCUCCAAGGAGAAGGUGGGAUCAUUAUCAUCUGCACAGUGUUUUAUCUUAUUGCUGUUUCAUGGCAUAUUUGUAGAAAAGAAAAAGAUGAUAUGAAUGGACAGUUGUUGAGAUUUGCUUUAACUCUUCAGUGAAAUUUAUGUUACUAGAGUUUAAAUAGAAAUGUCGUUUCUGUAAAACAUUUUUCUAGUGUAGUAGCAGCUGUUUCUAUAUAUUUUUCCCAACUGCUCCAAAAAAUACCUUACCAUUUCCCAAUGACCGCUAAAAUUAAGAAUUUAUUGUGACUGUACUUUCACUGCAUAUAUUUAUUCCACGGUGCAACAACUUGUUGCCACAUGCUAGCUCUGACACAGAGUUGCUCUCUGUUUCCUCAGCCAAUGCUGAGUUUGAAUGGCAUGUUGUUGAAUUUUAAGUGUGUGUGUGUGUGUGUGUGUGUGUGUGUGUGUGUGUGUG